AAAACUAACAUUUGACUAUAAAUUUAACAUCACGACAAGUGUUUAAUUAGUGAAAAAUAUUUUAAAAACUUUUCUCUCGAUUAAAAUAAUUCAUUUUUCCAUAUAAAACUUUAAUAUUAAUAAUUAAGGAACACAGUUAUAUUCGCUUUACUUGAAUCUACACAAAAGCAAGUAAACGGAUGAAUAGCUGAGUGACUUUUUCAAUCCAGGUUCGUGUCUAUUAGUUCAAAACAAAAAAUAAGGCGAAGUCAAACUUGGGCCAUCUUUGAGAUAAAAACAAAUGAACUUAUGAACAAAAUUCUUUAUUAAAAGAAGAACAAGAUACAAAAGUUCUUCAUUGUGAACUUUUCAGAGCUACUCUUCAAUGACCCUAAAAUAUCUAUAGCAUAUGGCAUCAGAACUCUUGGAUGAUUUAUGCAAACAAAUUUAUACUUGUCGUCGUUGUAAACAGACAUUCAACUCAAAACACGAUCAACUAAUGCAUAAAAAAGAGAAACACGAUCAAAACCCUGCCGAAAAUAGCUAUGUUUGUAAUUUGUGCCAAAAGACUUUUGCUAAUCAUGGCAACCUAGAGCGUCACAUGAAAGUUCACAAUGAUGUCCGGCCACAUAUCUGCAACGAGUGCAAUAAGUCUUUCGCACAGGCCGUGAACUUGCAACGCCACUAUUCUGUGCAUAACGGCGAACGACCAUAUCAAUGUCAGCUAUGUGAUAAAUCCUUCACGCAGCAAGGAAAUUUGCGACGACAUGAACUCAUUCAUACCGGCGAGAAACCGUUCCAGUGUGAACGAUGUAAUCGUUCGUUUUCACAGAGGAUCAACCUCAAAAAACAUAUGAUGGCUCAUCAGGGAUUUCGGCCAUAUGUCUGCAGUGUGUGCCAGAAGUCCUUUAUACAAUCUCAAAACUACAAGAAACACCUCAACAAACAUCAAAAGGAGACAGUUAGACAGGAGCAGGCUGACGCUGCAUUGGCAAAGGUUAAGAUCGAACCAACGAUAACAACGUUUGGAGCUACGUUAGCUAAACUUAAAAUGGAUCCAAUGAUGUACGAUAGUGGUGGGCAGAAUAGACCGGUUUUCGAUCAAUUAAAUGGUUUUGAAUCAACCGAGUUCUUUGGCGGUGUAAUUACUGCAGUUGACUUAGCAGCUAGUGCAAUGGAACAGCACAAUUACGGACUUAGAUAUUUAAAUAAAUCGUUAUAAUGUUUGAGAUUUUGAUUUAUAAUUUUUUUAAAUAACGAAUAAUUGCAAUUUCAUUGCUUUUUGAAGUUUGCUCAUGAUUUGCGUUUUCAAAAAAAUGUACAUACAGAUGAUAAUUAUUAUAUAGCGAAGUUUUAGAAAUAAAUACAUACGGUAGGAAUGUUAAA